AUGGCCAGCAAGAAGGCACGUCGCGAGAGUCUAAUGGCUGUGGACUCACUCAAAGAUUUGUUUGUGAACACUCUCUUGCCAGACAACGCCAAGCUGCGUUUCUUUCGCGAGCACCCUCUACGUGCGGCCCAGAAGUCGCCCGCGCAUUUACUACUCUGGUUCUUUGAGCACUGUCUAAGGACGGCUUAUGCGCAACUUACAAGUGUCUUGGCAGCUGGAAUGGACGACGCAGUCGACAGCUACAAGCGUGCGUGUCUGCGAGCAGCCAACACCCUGUUACGAGCCAAACCCGAGCAGGAGGCUGUGCUGUUAGCUAUGCUGGUCAACAAACUUGGAGAUCCGGACCGCAAAAUUGCAGCAUACCUGCAUCGCAUGUUGCAGGAAUUGCUACGGGAACACCCGGCCAUGAAGCGUGUGGUAGUGGAUGAGGUCGAACGACUGCUUACCCGUCCAAGAGUGUCGGAUCGUGCAAAGUACAAUGCUGUGCUGUUUCUAAACCAAAUUUUUCUCGAGGGCAAUGGAGUGAAUGCCGAUUUGGCUGGACACUUGAUCUCCGUGUAUUUCGGUCUCUUCUCGAAGGAGGUGCAUCAAAAUGAUGCGGAGAAGCCGGUGAAAAAGAUGGCUACAUCGAGUGCAAAGGAGCGCAAAAAGAGGGAAGCUGCAAGUCUCGGCUCGGAAGAGGCCAUGGACCGUAAGCUUUUGAGUGCACUGCUAGCUGGCGUCAAUCGUGCAUUUCCAUACGCGAAUGCCACGUCGGCUGACAUGACCAAAGAGAUGGACGCGCUAUUUCAAGUUGUACACCGUUCCCACCAUAGCACAAGUGUGCAAGCGCUUAUGCUGCUGUUUCAGGUCAUGAAAAGCACCAACUCCGUUUCGGAUCGGUUUUACACUGCGCUGUACGACAAGCUGAUUGAUCCCAAGGUGCGCGAGACGUCUAAGCACACGCUUUUUCUGAAUCUGGUUUUCCGCGCGAUGAAAGUAGAUGUGUCACCCGGGCGGACCAGUGCGUUUGUGAAGCGCUUGCUUCAGCUUGCUAGCGUGAUGCCUCCAGCCUUUACAUGUGCUGUGCUAUUUUUGCUGUCCAAGCUGCUAAAGGUAAAGCCCCAGCUCCGUACCCUACUUGACCAGCCCGAGGGUGGAUCAGCAAAUGACAUUGCCGCAGACUUUGAGUCCUUUCAUGACGCUGCCAUGGAAAGUUGCGAACUAGGCCGUGAGAAUGAAGGAUCUAAUGAUGAGGUUACCACAGAAGAAGUUGGGAUGCUAACAAACAAUGAAUGUCCAUCCGAUGCAGAGCGCUCAGCCAAAAUCCUUGCGCGGAUGUUUGGCAAGACCGAAGCGGACUUGAAGAAGUCGAAGGAAGCUGCAAGUGUGAGCUCUGACGACAAAUCUACCCGUGAGAGCGUCCUGUGUAGGGAUACUGGAGUUGUUGCGAACGGAUGUAUCUACGAUGCGUCAAAGCGAAAUCCGCUCUUCUCUGGUGCCGAAACGACCUGCGCUUGGGAGCUUGACUUGUUGGCCCACCACUACCACCCGUCCGUGCAGAGUUUCACCCGGCAGCUUGUCGACAACAAGGGUAUUGGCAUUCAGUACAGCGGAGACCCGUUGGUGGACUUUACGAUGCACGCAUUUUUCGAAAAGUUCGUCAACAAGAAGCCCCGACAUAAAGCGGGUGAGGUGCGUGGUAAUACUGGGGCGAAGGCAAAGAACUGGACGUUUGCACCCAUAAACACUGAGACCGUGCUGCAAGAGAACGAGGCUACGGUUGAUGCGAGUGAUUGCUUCUUUUAUAAGUUCUUCAAAGAACGUGCUUCUCGUGCUGCGGUGCAUCCUGGGAGCCGCCGCACCAAGAAGGUCAAAAAUGAGCGUGAUGGUGACGUAUUCUCUGACAUGGAGAGUGUAGGCGAAAACGACGAAGAGAUCGAGGCGUUCGCGCAGGAAUUGGCCGAAGGUAUCAUGGAAGACGGCAACCUGGAUGACGAAGACCUCGACAUGGGCAACUGGAGUGAUUCGAGUGGCGCUGGGGAGCUCACACUGGACGGUGAGGACGAGCAGACGGAGGAGUCUCAAGACACCUCCGAAUAUGCUGCUGUUUGGGAGGACGACGACGAUGUGGAUGAACAGGAGCACGACAGUGACUCUGAGAAUGAAUCUGACUUCUCGGUCUUGGGCGGAAUGGAUGGUGACGAUGAUGUGCUUCAAGAGGAGCUACAAGUGCUGGAUGCAAAGCGAAAGAAGCAAAUCCCACCCAAGGCUGGUGAGAAGCGCAAGGCGAUGUUUGCUAGCGCUGAUGACUACGACCAGAUUGUGAAGCAAGCUUGGCCAAACAGGCGAAGAGGUUCGAACACACAAAGGGCGAGAAGCUGA